ACGACAGUUAUGCGCGGACGCCAUGGCGGCCCCACGCGUACUGACAUUCUCGCGCGCCAAAUUUAAAUUCUAGUCAUUCUUUUUUUAAAGUUAGUAUAGACCAUAAAUGUUUUGACGGUGUUUUUAUGACUGAAGACGAAGGUGACGAGGAAUGACUGACUAGUGACGUGACAGUGACAGUGACGAGUGUGACAAAAUGACGUGACUUGACUUGGAUUGACUGACUCGCACGGGACUUCAUUGACUGCAAAGGGGGAAAUGCAGCGGUGGCAAUGGCGAGGGUCUGGAAGGGCGCGAGGAAGAAACUCAGUUCCCGACAGCCAGCAUGAUGAGGCAGUCGCCACUGAUGCAGAACUGUCCUCUGAGGGGAGCUCCUAAAUGUCCUCCUGCUUCUAAAAGAUACCGCACCCACGAUGGCACAUGCAACAACAUCAACCGUCCCCGAUGGGGAGCCACCAUGACUCCUGUCCAGCGGUUCCUUCCACCUUCCUACUCUGAUGGUCUCCAGGCUGCGAGGCGGUCCAUCUUCGGUUCCAAACUCCCUUCAGCAAGAGAAAUCAGUUCCACCAUACACGAAGAUAGGAAUGCGGAGACAAUUGGCGUGACUCACUUGUUGAUGCAGUGGGGGCAGUUCUUGGAUCAUGAUGUGACGUCCUCGUCACAGUCCAGAGGGUUCAAUGGAUCUGUGCCAAGGUGCUGCAAGGAUGGAGGGAAGGAUUUCGUUCCUAAAGAGUUUAUGCAUCCAGAAUGCUUUCCGAUCCCAGUACCAGCAUCAGACCCGUUCUACGGUCCUCGUGGCGUGCGGUGCCUGGACUUCGUCCGCUCAGCACCAGCACCCCGCGACGACUGCGCCCUCGGCUGGCGAGAACAACUGAACCAAGUGUCUGCCUACAUUGACGGGUCACCGCUUUACGGCAGUUCCGCCACAAAGUCUGACAAGUUGAGGCUGUUCAGAAACGGCAUGCUUCAAUACGGAAGAGUUCAGCAACGUCGACCAGUUCUUCCACCAGAACGACGUGAUGAGCUCUGCCGCAAGGGAGCCGUGUCCACUGACUGCUUCAAGUCUGGAGACGCCAGGGUCAAUGAGCAUCCGGGGCUGGUGGCUGCCCAUAUCGUGUGGUUGAGGCAACACAACAGAAUGGCUCAAGAGCUGACACACCUGAACCCACACUGGAGUGACGAGAAGAUCUACCAGGAGACGCGAAAGAUUGUGGGAGCCAUGAUACAGCACAUUACUUACAGAGAGUUCCUGCCCAUUGUGCUGGGUUCUGAGGUGAUGCAUCGCUUUGAGCUGGAACUGCAGAAGAAAGGGUACUUUAAAGGUUACAAUCCUAAGAUCAACCCUAGUCCAGCUAGCUCGUUUGGCUCAGCAGCGUUCAGGUUCGGCCACAGCCUCGUGCAGUCUUCCAUGGUUAGAUUCGAUAGGUUCCACAGACCUAUGAGUAACAAUGUUUCUCUCCACGACGAACUAACUAACCCCUCGAACAUCUGGUCUAUCGGAGCAGUAGACCGUCUUCUCCUCGGUAUGCUGAACCAGCCGAUACAGAAACGCGAUGAGUUCAUCACGGGAGAACUCACCAACCAUCUUUUCCAAACUCCUCAUUUCGACUUUGGAAUGGAUCUCGCAGCUAUUAACAUUCAGAGGGGGAGAGACCAUGGAGUUCCUCCGUAUACAUCAUGGAGAGAACCUUGUGGGUUGUCUACUAUUGAAGACUUUGAAGACCUGCUUAGGGUAAUGCCAGCAAGGGCUGCGAGGAAGAUGAAGGCACUGUACAGGCACGUAGACGACAUUGAUCUAUUCACCGCGGGUAUGGCAGAGAGACCAGUAGUUGGUGGUCUUGUGGGGCCAACGUUCGCCUGCAUCAUAGCACAGCAGUUCAGUAAUCUCAGAAAAGGAGAUCGAUUUUGGUACGAAAAUGGUGGCUUUGAAUCAUCAUUUACCCCAGCUCAACUUCAACAAAUUCGUAGGAUCUCUUUCGCGCAAAUUCUAUGCCGUACAUUAGACAGCAUAGACACUGUACAGCCUUUCGUUUUUCUUUCAACUGACAACCCUGACAAUGACAGGAUAUCCUGCCAGAACGGACUACUCAAUAACUUUGACUUAUCUCCCUGGGUCGAAAUAGAUGAGGAUGUUGAAACUGAUAACGAUAUAAGCAAAUCUGAAGAGACUACUAAAAAACAUCUUAGGAAAACCACAACAACAUCAAAACCUUCCACUACUAAAAGGACUGCUCCAAAGGGUGCCUUAAAACCUAACAAAACUAAACCUGACACUAACUCCAUAACUGUUAACAACAUGACUAUUGAAAAUUUAACUAAAGAAAACUUGACGGACAAACUUAACUUAACUGAACUAAAGAAAGACAACGAAAGUGACGAACUUAACUUGACUUUGACUUUGACUAAUGAUAUGACUACGACGCCUAAACCUAACAUGACGACUAAACCCACCGUGACUAGACGUGACGUACAGAUUGACGACAAACUUGACUUCAAAAACAAAAGCCGACGAUUUGAUGACUUUAAAAUGGACUCUAGACGUAGACCUGCAACUAAAUAUGAUGAAUACGACUAUGACGAUGAAGAAGACACUCAUCAAGUGCAAUCGGUUGUUAUAAACAACGUAGCGCAUAAAAGACCACAAUACAAUAGACCCAACCGACGACCAGUGAUAACUGUGACAGAGAACAUUGACAAAUAUACUUACUUGAUAAACUAUGUGCCGAGACCCACUGAGUCUUGGCGACAAUCGACUAGACGACACACUACAGGACGACCCAUGACUGACAGAGACGUGGUCAAAGUGACUUACCAGACUUAUGACGAUACUUACAGACGACCUAAUAAACCUUACUACUACAACAGACAAGACAGUCAACAAAACAACUACAGAUAUAAUAGACCUACUCACACUACUAAGUAUAAUUAUCCUUCAUCCGCUAGAUCUAAUGACGAGACUGUGACCCCGAGAGACAAAGUGACUGACAAACCAGACGUUAAAACUGAAAGCACGACUGACUUAUACAAACUAGUGACAUUUGGUUACGUAGGGACUUACAAAGGUGAAGCUAGUACGACUGAGAAAAAGAUGACUGACGAACAUAUUGCUGCUAAAGAGGAAACUGAGAAAGAAGUGACUGACAGACAUAAAGCUGAGACUAUAAGUAAAGAUUUCUCGACGUUUGACGUUAAUGACGACAAAAACAUGAAACUAUCGACUUUUUACGUUUAUGAGACUGCAACAAAACCUUACUUACAAAGACCGACCCGACGAAACGAUGAAGUCCCGAUUCAGACAAAUAAAUACUAUUAUAUAAGAAACGUUUUACAUAAAUACUAUGACGAUGACAAAAGCACUCCAAGACCUACCAACGAAGAUGAAAAGAAAGAAAUUAAUCAUAAAACUUACAACGUUGCUGACAAUCAAAAAAUAGAAGAAAGGUCAGCUAUUGACAAGAUGGCUUCAUUGGACGAGGUCGAAGUAAAAUCUAAGGCCCAGGAACGGCAUAAAAACAGAAUAAAGCCAAUUUCAAGUCCGGCGAAAACUCCAUCCGUGGCUUUCCAAGUCAUACCGAGUGAGAACAGUGCCUCGCAUUGGGCAGUCUACGAAGAAAAUUCUGACCUACCCGAGCAGCAUAAAAUGCCGGCAAUCAAGACAGAUCCUUAUGCUCUAAAGGAAAUACCAACACCCAUCGCAUUCAACAGUUUCAGAAGACGAAGACCGGGUAUCGGAAGACCAUGAGAACUGCUUCAGCUUUAGAUAAUCUUGCCUAACCCAAGUACUAGAUGUAAAGACAUUGUGUAGACAUUGUUGUCUAUCAACAGGAAUAAGUCCUGUUAUUGCGUGAUAUUUUAAUAGGGAAUUCUAAAUUGAAGCUAGGUUUACAUAAAAGAUUAUUAAGUUAUAAGUGAUACUACCACUUAAUAAGGGAUCGGACAAGACAAAACUAAAUAUACAACCUAACAAAAGAAUUUUUGUUUAAAAGUAUAAAAUAAAAAGUGCUUCCGACUACUUGUUCGAUUCCCUAUUAAAAACAAACGAAAUCGGAUGAAGUAUAGAUAAGCUUUUAAAAAUUAAAAGAAACUGCCGAAUCGCGGAAUGACUAAUGAUGACUAUGACACUACGAAAAACAUCAUGACUGUGACAAUAGACGGACUCAAGGACUCGGUAACAAUAACAUGUACCUACUUAUAUGGAUACCUAACUACCUACCUAUAUCAAUCUUAUAAACUAAAACAAAAAGUGACACAAUAUGGACGUAACGAUGACAUUAAACAUUUAACAUGCUACGUUGACUAGCUUAUCUCCAAUAUUAUCAAACUAGUUUUAAUGAAUUUGCACUUUAAGCAACACCUGAUUGUAAUUAAUAUUAAUCUUAAAUAAUUAAGGCUUGAUACUGGAAUUACUUACUUGACUGAAAGUUAACGACAUGACUUGGACUAAAAAAAAUACGGAACUAUUGCUACUAAAUACACUAGAUUUAAGAAGAUGCAUCAGCAUUCUGCAUACUAUGUUCACAUAAUUUCUAAACUAAACUAGUCUAAAACCUUUCAAGAUAAGUCCAUGACUAGCCAAUACAAACCUGACUUAACUGACUGACUAAAAUAAGCUGACAAUUUUAUCAAAUGACUUGAAAUGACAGACAAAACUCGACUUGAAUUAGGGAAAAAACUGAGUUUGUACUAAAAUCUAUACAUAUAAGACCUGUGAGAAUGUAUCUGUGGUCAAGAUGUUGAUUUUGCUAUAUAAAAAUCAGGACGCAUUAUGGCAUGAAUAAGACUUGACUACAAAUGACUCUCAAUUGACUAUUACUGACUCAAAAAUUAGGCACAAAAGGCGAAUACCUUCUGUACUGCAAUUAAAAGAUUAGCUUAUUACUAUUAAAUCCUAUAUGAGUUGACUGACUCAGUAAAUAAAUAAAUGACUGACUGACUGACUAAAUGAACGACAGACUGACUUGACCAAGUUACUGACUGAUCCGACUGAACAAUUGACUGACUGACUUGAUUAAAACUGAUCGACCAAAAACUAUAUAGUACAUAUAGCGUAAAAAUGACCACUUAGAUACCAUGAAUUGCCGAAUGACUUCUACAGACGAAACAGGAGGUAUUGACAUAAGUUUUGAUGUCGCAACAACUGAAUGAUUAAAAACUUAAUAGUUACUGGAAACUAGAUAUAAUUUUUAAAUAAUAGCACCAAUUGAACAAAAAAUAUAUUUUAUUUAUUAAUACAUUACUUAUGCAUAUAAGUAGGUACAUAAAAUAUGUUACGUUAUGAUAAUAACAUUGACUGACAUUACUAACUAGAUCUCGUCAUUACAAUUUAAAUAAGUAGUAGUAUCUAUGACAUUAUGAAGACAGACUGACAUAAUCGCUAAAUACGACUAAAGACUGUUUGAAUUUAAUUAAAUGAUUGCUUUUAAUUAUAAUUUAUGUAAUAAGUAAAUGAAAAUUUUCAACAAUCUUUAUCAUUAUUCAAAUCUUUAUUUGUUAAUAUUGUCACAAUAAGGGACAUCAUUAUUUGCUAUUAACAUUGUAUCUAUUAAAACUAUAGAAAACCUAAUAAUUUGAGAAAUUUAAUAAAUAAUUAUUUAAUUUACCAAUUAAUGCAAUUUUAUAAUUUAAUACCUAGUAUCUAUCCUAUGAUUACAUAAAUUGCAUUAAAAUUAUUAAUAUUAUUAUUUACUGUGUGUAUACACAUGAACAGAUCAAAUGUCACAUUCCCUUUUUUACAUUUUCCAUAAAUAUUUAAUAAGAACAAAGUUCUAAAUAAACUUUUAUUUGAAUUAACAAAUUGAAUUUCUUAAUGAAAUACUUUUCCAGGACAUUAACAAAUACUGAUUGCGUAAUGUAUUUCAUAGGUUUUAGUAUACAAGUUUACAAUGUGAAUAAAAUAAUUUAACAAUGAUACAACAACUUGUUUUCAUUUCAAUCAUUUUGAUAAAUAAGUAUUCUUUGGCUUCACAAUGGAAUUUAUUUUACCAUGAAUAGGUAAAUGUAUCAGAGUAAUACCACAAUAUUAUUUGCCUGACAUCACACAACGGUUCUGAGAUAUAUUAUACUGAUACAACUUACUGAGAACAAUAACAAAUCACAGGUACUCCUUGAUCACAAUUGAUGUUAGGAUAUUAAGUACAUUAUUCCACCAUGUUAAUAAUAUUACUAUAUUUUGCUUAAGUAGGUACUUUCAAUUGUAUCCACAAUGGACUGGUACUCCCUGGUUACAGAAUAAGGUAAACAUUACUGAUUACAUUUUACAACUAGGUUGUACAUGCAGAAAUUACAAUUCACAUAAUUAUACAUUAAUCCCUCUCUGGAUAGAAUUGCACUAGAGUCUUGGACAGCUCCUGAGCCAACUCUGCAGUGCUAGCACAGAGUACUCGGCGCGAUAAUAGGUCCAAGGGCCCGCCAGCAGGGUCUAUGCAGACCCCUCCAGCCUCUCUUACCAGUAUAUCUCCUGCAGCAAUAUCCCAAGCAUGGAUUCCAAAUUCAAAGUUGGCAUCAGCCCCACCCAUAGCCACCAUCGCCAUAUUCAACGCAGCAGAGCCCAAUGAACGCAAGCCAUGACCAUUGUUUACAACAAGUUUGUAAUUUUCAAACACAAUUCUACAUCUCUCCUCAUCACGACUUGUGCCAGCUUCAAAAGCAACUAAAGCAUUGCGCAGCUCUGUCACUUGUGAUACAUGUAUUUGCCUACCAUUCAGAAAUGCUCCCUGACCCUUUUUAGCAGUAAAGAGCUGGCCCAAGUUAGGAUUGUAUAUAAUACCAGCUACACAUUCCUUGUUGAUCGCGAGACCAACAGAUAUGCAACACAGAGGAAAACCGUGGACAAAGUUGAGUGUACCAUCCACUGGAUCUAUGAUCCAAGUAGGGGCGUCAGUUAGCUCGCACUUCGCUCCAGAAGAAACAGAUUCCUCACCAAUAAACUUGUGUGUAGGAAAUUGUUUAGAUAAACCGCCAAUAAGCGUUUCUUCGACCUUUUUGUCUAUUUCAGUGACAAGGUCAAUAUCACAGGACUUCUUCUCGAACACUUUACAGCCGUUUACAUGUUCACUUAUAAGGUUUCCGGCCGAUUUAACCAGUGAUAAAGCGACAUCGAAAAAUUCGUCUAUUUGAUCCAUUUUGAAUGAAAGAUUACGUUGAGAAUAUCGAUAGUGAAUGCGAAUGUAACAAGAUAACAGCUUUCCAAUAAUUCUGACAGAAGUAAUUAGAAAAUAAGCUACAUUUACCAAUACAGCCGCACGUACUAUAAAGUUCGACUUGAC